AUGGAGAAGCUCUUUGUGGGGACCCUGCUCCUCUCUGUCCUUGCAGGGGUCAUGACACAAGCAGACAUGACAGGGAAGGUAUUUAUUUUCCCUCAAGAAUCAGCUACUGCCCACGUAUCCCUGAUGCCUCUGGUGAGGAAGCCUCUGCACAACUUCACCUUGUGUCUGAAGGCCUUCACAGACCACAUCUGCCCAUACAGCCUCUUCUCCUACAGCACUCCAUCCAGGGACAACGGGCUGCUUCUCUUUGUUAACAAAAUGGGAGAGUACAUACUGACUAUUGGGAAUUUGGAUGUCACUUUCAAAGCCCCAGUGACUCCUUAUAUCCCUGUCCAUGUCUGUGUGAGCUGGGAAUCUGCCUCUGGGAUUGCUGAAUUCUGGGUGAAUGGGAAGCCCUGUGGGAGAAAGGGUUUGAGGAAGGGGUAUUCAGUGGGGGCCCAAGCAAAGAUCAUCUUGGGACAAGAGCAGGAUUCCUUUGGGGGUCGUUUUGAGGCAAAACAAUCCUUUGUUGGGGAGAUAUGGGAGGUGUUGUUAUGGGACCAUGUUCUGCCCCUGACAGAGAUGUGUGAAUGGUGUUACAGUGGUAACAUCCUGAACUGGCAGGCCCUGAGUAACGAAGAAAGUAGCUAUGUGGUGACUAAGCCCAAGCUGUGGGUUUAG